GUGGACGAGGCGCUCUUAAAACCUAGCUCCUGACUUUUCCUCAAGUUCAAUUUUUUGGGAUUCCCUCCCACCCCGACCACAUCUCGUCCCUUUACUUGCCAGAUGUGACUGUUUAACCCAGUUUAUCGCAGCUUUUUUUUAUUUUUGCUUUUGCGUUGCGCAUCCCAUCGUCCCGCGUCCUCCGCUUCUUCCUCUUUUGCUGCUCUCCUUUCCUGCAGCAGCUCUCGGACGCUUCUCUCUCACACUCUACUGGGUUUCUUUUUUAAAAGAUUUAUUUAUUUUUUUAAGGUUUGUCCGACCCCCUUGAAGGAAUGCGAGCAGUUUGCCUCUGUCGCCCGCAAAGCCACAUGACCAGCUGCCCUGAAAACUGUCCCCUGGUCCCGUCUCAGGGUUGACGCGCCUGUCCCUGUCCAUGGUGCUGAAAGGCUUUUUCCCGAAGACGCCGUUGAGCUGCGGCUGCUGCUCCACAAAUCCUCCGUAUUUCUGGGUAUUUUCGGGUUCUGCAGGUGAGAUGUCAGCAGUGAUCGCUUCAUCUACCCGGAGAGGCUUCUGAACUCAAAACAGAAGGAGCUGAUCCUGAAGGAAGCCAAACGAAUCGAUUGUGACUCCUACGGUUGAUUUCAGAGAGACUCCCCCCUCUCUCGCGCGCUCUCUUUCUCUUUUAUUUUUUUUUUUAGACUUUUCCGAAAGACGAACAUUGGAAUCAUGGACCAUUCGUGUAACUCAUCUUAGCGUGGAAAUAUCUGGCCUAAAAAUAACGACCAGACGGCUGGGGGGGUUGGGGGACUGGAAGUAGCGGGUGAAUUAUCUUCAUUUGUAGCAUAUCCAAAAUAUUUGUGUUGAUGCCGGAAAGAGGUCACUUCUAUUCUGGACCAGCUGAGACUAAAACAACCCCUUCUGCCCUAAAAUAAAAACUUGUCCUGAAUACCAAAUGUCAGUUUGAGGAGGCCUCAUCAAGACAAUGGAGGCGUCCGCCAAUGGGUCCAGUUUUGGCAUCGACUCUCUGCUGUCCCACAGGCCUGGGAGUCCGGUGUCCAAAGGGGACAGUCUGGUGGGAGAGUGCCGCUCCCCUCUGGAGUUCAGCCCCAGAUCAGACGUGGAGAGCGGCUGUUCGUCGCCUCCGUCGCCGAGAAGGGAGUGCGUGGACGAGGUAGCCCAGAGGCAAGGUCACGGCGUCGGCCUACCACCGCACCUGCAGCACGCGCAGAUAUCUGCUGGGUCGCAGCAGAGGACCGUGACCUCGUCGUUUCUCAUCAGAGAUAUUCUCGCGGACUGUAAGCCUCUGGCUGCCUGCGCUCCUUACUCCAGCAAUGGACAGCCGACUCAGGAGGCGGGGAGGCUGGCCUCGAAGAUCGCGGACGACUUUAUGGAGAAAAUCCACAGCAACUCAUCGUCAGACAGUGAAUAUAAAGUGAAAGAGGAGGGGGACAGAGAGAUCUCAAGCAGCAGAGACAGCCCUCAGGUCCGGCUGAAGAAGCCCAGGAAGGCCCGGACAGCCUUCACAGACCACCAGCUGGCCCAACUGGAGCGCAGCUUCGAGCGGCAGAAGUACCUGAGCGUCCAGGACCGCAUGGAACUGGCGGCCUCCCUCAACCUCACCGACACGCAGGUCAAGACCUGGUACCAGAACCGGAGGACAAAGUGGAAGAGGCAGACGGCGGUAGGACUCGAGCUUCUGGCCGAAGCUGGAAACUACUCCGCCCUGCAAAGAAUGUUCCCGUCCCCGUACUUCUACCCGCAGAGCCUGGUGUCCAACCUGGACCCCGGAGCUGCCCUCUAUCUGUACAGAGGCCCAUCGGCGCCCCCGCCGGCCCUGCAGAGACCCCUGGUUCCUCGGAUCCUGCUCCACGGCCUGCAGGGGGCCAGCGAGCCGCCACCUCCUCCGCCUCCCCUGCCUCCUAUGAGCGGCGUGCUUCCCCGGCCAGCUCAGCAGCGGUGAGCGGGCCCCUGCAGAUAUUAUUCUUCCUUUUUUAGUUGUUUUUGUUUUUGUUUUUCCUUCGCCGAUCCUGGCAGCUUGGGACUCGUUAGAAUAAACGACACAAAGACAGAAAGAGUUAAAAAAAAAAAAAAAAAAAACCCGAAGAAAACUAAGACUAAAACAAACUGUUCGGCCUUUAAAUGGUGAAAACUGAUCCACGAUGAACCCAGACGGACGGACCUUUGUGACUGAGACCCCCCGCUGCCUGUAUGGAAGUUUUUUUCCUUUUCUUUCUGUCUUUGGGGGCAGGAACUUUAUUUAUAACUUAUUUAUUUUUCAAUAUGAAUCAAAGCAUCUAAGUUAUGUAUUUAUUUGAACCCAGUUACAGUAUUCAGUGUUUUUCCCAAAAAACAGACAAACUGCAAUUGUCGGUGGCACUUUGACCUUCAGUUCAAUGCUAAUUAGACGUUUAUUAUUAUUAUUAUUAUUGUUAUAAAAGCGCAAACGAACAACCACCCCUGUAAUUUGAAUAAUAGGUUAUUUGAAGAUCUAACGGAACAAUGAAGGGAUUUUCUUUCCAUUUUCUUUGAUUUUCUAGGUUGUCAUUGAUUUUUCUUUACACGUGAAGCCGUCAUGAACCUGUAAAUAAGAAUAUUUUGCAUUUUAACCGAAAAGACUGAUUUUAAAAGAAAACUUCUCUUUUUUCCCGUUUGUUUGAUCUGUUAGUGCGUCUCUUUCAGACCACGGUGAUCCAGUAUAACAUAAUAGGCUAGAUUAGCCAUCAGAAAUUAUACAGAAAAAAAAAUUAAAAAAAAAAAAUUAAAACAUAUUGUCUGAGAAAGGAUGGACUACCUGCCCGGACCCACGUGUAGGCACAUAUACAGGAGAGAUAUGGAAAGAAAUAAAUCUAUAAAAGUCUUUUUCUUGUUCUUAGUUGAAGUUUUUAGCUGAGUACAAUUGUCAAGUAAUUUAUUUAAAAGCUGUUUGAUCCCCGCAGAGGGGAAGGCAAUCACCUCAGUGAUUAUUCAUUUUGUAUUCUUUUCGAUAAAUGAUUGGACUCGGGUCCGCAUACAGGUGUAACCGCCUGUUGAUUUGCUAUAGAUGUAUUUGAACAUUGUGGAUUACUUAUGUUACUUCAUAUGAAACCCGUGAUAACCCUUAAUUGUUAAUACUCUCCUUUGGUGAAAAAAAAUGUAUAUUGCAGAUAUCAAACUUGUGGAGUGGUUCUCGUAUAUCUCCUGGAUCGUUUUUAAUUAUAUAUUUUUUAAUUAUUAUUAUUAUUAUUAUUAUUAAAAUUUUCGUUCCUCUAGCUUUCCCCCAAAUUAUCUCCCCAAUUUCGUGAAGUUCUUUUUUUCUUUUUCUUCUUCUUUUUUCUGGUGAAAUUCACAGCAAAAGUUGGACAGAAAAAAAGGGGGGAUUUGAUGUAAAAGAGAAUUACUUUUAUAAAUGUGGAAAUAAAAGUCUUUCAUUUAA